ACAGAGCAGGGAGCUGAUAUUGGUGACCUGUGGGAGGGACUCCUCCAAUACAUAUCUAGUUUGUCAAUUUUUGGGUUGUUGGACCUCACAUCCUGUGUGCACCAGAGCACAGAGAACACUUACCCUCGUGGCCAGCAACUCCAAAAAGAAGAAUAUGGAAAGUCAUUACAGAGUGCUUUUUACUCUUGGCCAAGGUUCCUUUGGCACUGUGAAACUGGCCUCGCACCUGAAAACCGAGGCGCUGGUUGCCAUAAAAACGGUAGAGAUUUGCAAGAAGAACAUCAGGGGGAUACAUGCCGAAAUAUCAGCAUUGGAGACACUGCACCAUCCCAACAUUAUCUGCCUCUACCAGGUACUGGUAACAUCAAGGCACGUUAACCUUAUCACCGAAUAUAUUCCAGGAGGAAGCUUGUAUGAAAUCAUAAAGGAGGAUGGCCCGAUGCAGGAGGAGGAGGCAAAGAAAAUAUUCGGGCAGGUAGUGUCAGCUGUAAAGUACUGCCACAGCCUGGAUCUUGUGCAUCAUGACAUCAAGCCGCAGAAUAUACUAAGGGAUGAGGACGGUAAUGUAAAGCUGAUAGACUUUGGUCUGGCCGUCACGUGCAGAUCUGGCACAUUACUGAAACGGCAGUGUGGGACCAAAAGCUGUUUCGCACCGGAGAUUGUACUAAGGGUGCCAUUUGAUGGGAAAAAGGCUGAUGUGUGGAGCUUGGGCGUGGUACUAUUUUUCAUUAACAUUGGGCACUACCCCUUCAGAGGAAACACCAUGAAGGAGAUGGACGAAAACAUCACAACAGGGACCUAUGACAUUCCAUCUCACGUCUCUGGGCAGCUGGAAAACUUAAUCCACCAAUUGCUCACAGUUGCCCCAGAGAUGAGGCCGUCCACUGAGAGAAUUGAAAACCAUCCCUGGGUGGUGAAGUGUGAGGUAGACAUCCCGACUGAGACCGAUCCAGAUUAUAACAUCAUAGACAGGCUCUGUGGCAUGGGAUUUGAUGCCAAUGAGAUUAUAGAAUCCCUGGACAAGAGAAAGUACAAUGAAUCCAUGGGGGCGUAUUUGAUUCUAAAAGCACAGGCAGACAAGGGGCAAGAGCAUGCAUUUACAACUUCAGUUGAGACUAUGGAUCGGUGCCCUACACCACCCCCUUCACCAGCUGAUCCCUCUAUCUCUGGUCUUCCCUUGAAGAAAAGGACCAGUGAGUCCAACUUUAGUCUCCUCCACAUACAGCCCUCAGAAAUGCAUGGGCCUGUUGCCCUGACACCAUCGGGACAGGACGUGGCCACAAGUGUCUCCAUGCUUCCAGUUGCUCUACAUUGUCCAGAGAAAAAGACCAGCAGCACUUCCACCUGUGCCCUCCAUAACGGAUCUGUGGCGGCCCCCAGUGUCUGCAACAACAUACUGGAGGAGGAAUUGCCUGUGCCACCUGAGCAACACUCUCAUAUACAAACAUCUCCUCCUAAGAAGCCUGGGUGCUUCAAGAGACUCACCAGGAAAAUCAGAGCAGGCCUAUCAAGACUCUGUUGCUUCCCCUGUGCUCAAAAGACAAAGACCCCGAAAACAUCCUCCAAAAAAGUGGCUCCCCUGAGAGAGGCAGGAGGCAGAACACAGUAAAGGCUUCUCCUCUACAGAUGAGGGUGCUGUGCUACAGAAGCUUGUGCCUGUGAAGCUGGGAAGGACAUGGAUCCCUGACUAUGAGCGCAGUGGUUCCUUGUUGCUGAAGGUAACAUCUCAAGAUAACAGCACUGAAUAGAAACACAAAGUAAAAUUCUCCUACCUGAACAAGGUAUGCAGAAAAGAGGUGAGGCUGUCAGUGUCCAGAGGGAAUCCAACGUGAUGAUCUGGUACAUGCUGAGGGAUAAUGGUCAAUGCUGAGCAACCUCAAAGUCUCCCUGCAGUUCAGAAGGACACCAAGGCCUGAGCUCUGUGGUUGCUGUAUCAGUGUGGAGCAUCUGCCCAGAAUGGACACCAGCAUCUGUAGAUGAGGGAGAGAUUGAAUUCUCACACAUUUGUUCUGUAUACACAACCAGUAAAACAGCAACCAAUCCACUAAUGAGGUGUAUACACCGUGGUACAGAAUUCUCCACAGAGAUUCCAUGCAAAAGAACAGUGCCUCUUUGGUAGUCGCCCAAACCAUCAGAUAAACAGGCAAGAAGACCUCAGCCGAUAGCUUCAAUCCCUGUACCCCAAGAACAAGUAACAUGCAUAUUCAUAGAACUCAUGAGCUGGUCCUUGUUUCUCUUCCUUCUGUCAUUCCUAUCUCCUAUCAAGGUGAAAACAUUUCCUUCCCAUGCCCAGAAUUGAAUCUUGUUCCACAACUCAAGGAAUAUAGUUGAAGAGAGGAACUGAAAUUCUCUUUCCUCAUAUGUCUGUAAGGACAUGCAGAAUGGACAGCCUCUGGAAGAUUUGUCCCAGCUGCAGGAUGUCCUGGGCAGCUGUGCUGUCCUUAUCUACUGCAGAUGCACUGAAGCCAAUAGACUAUCCUCUGACCAGGCCAUUCUGCCCUUGACACUGAUGUGAUGAUUCCCAUACCUCCAUAUGAACACACCCAACCUGCCCCAACAGUGUGCUGCUCUCAGUAUUGGGACACUAAACACAGGAGGACUUGAGUCACCUUGUAAUGCUGCCAAAAACAAAAAACCUCAGGCCUUGAAGGAAUGGACCUUCAAGUUUUGAGAGCGGAGUAUGACUCCUGGAUCUGAGUCAACACCAACACCCAGGAAUCCAGAAGGUUUCUGUGGUGGAUGCGUAUAUCUACUGACAGAAAAUGGAAGCUUGAACACUUAAGUCCCUGCAGACUUCUUAACCUGCCCAGAACUCCCUGAUCAUCCAGUGUUCCAGGACUCUCCAAGUCUUAGGAAAGAGAAGACUACAGACAUUUGCAACUCUGAUCAUCUAUAACUGAGCUUACAAUGCUCAAACACAAAGAGUCUGUAGUGUCACCAUCUCCUGCAGAAGCACCUGUCCUGGUAGACUAUCCUCUAACCAGGAUACUCUACUCUUCAAAAGGGUAUCAUGUGAUAUCCUCAUCUGAUAAUUUCUCUGUCUCCAUAAGACACACCCAGCCUGGCCUUACAAGGUGCUAUUGUCACUGAGGUGACAGUAAGGAAAGGAGAAAUUUGACAGUGAAAAGCUGCAUGCAAAAAUGACGGGAGGUCCAGCUGUACCUGGAAGCUACAUGGUGCAACCUUUGAUCGUCUCUUCAGACUUUCAUUGUAUGUUGGUGUCUCCCUAGUGACAGCCCUGUCACCAAAACAUAACAACCUCUUUCUGAAUAACUCUCAGCAUUGCCUCUCAAUCUAGAGACUUGACAAGCCUAAAGGAGGGCCUCUACAAAUCUGUCAGUGGAUGCCCCCAGAACACUGCACUGAAUUUUUUUAGGAUUGUGCUCUACCUAUGGGAUGUCUGACAGAGCUGGAUUCCCAGUUCUUGCCAUGCAGUCUAUUCCUCACUUCCUCAUCUGUGCCUGCUCCAGUAAUCCUAUAGCACCAUGGAGGCCAUUGUUCCCUUCAGAGGCUGGACUUCAUUCUUAUCCACAAGGAGUUGGGGUGAAGAUUGGCUCUGAGAUGUCACCCCAGCUUAUAGAAUGUCUCAGUGAAGUGGUUUCAUCUGUGCUUCAGUCAGUUGCCAUUCUAUAAGGGUGGUGAUGUGCAAAGUCCUCACUAGGUGCGGGAUCCCAGGAUCAUUGGUGUGAUGGACAAGCUCUGUACAUGGAGCUGACACUCUGGCAGAAUCCAGGCAUUCAGGAACAUAAAGAUGGUGAGGUCUUGGUGCUUUCCCAUAACAGGCUGCUGAAUAUGGUCAGCUGGAAGGCCAAGGGCCUCGUUUCUGCCAAAUAGGAUGACACCAACAAUAAGUCAUGUGACCUCAUCAGCAUCAUCACAAGCAAAUGUAGUAUGGAGGACUGGUAAAAACAGCAUAGACGUCUCCAGUGUCUGUUUGUCACCAUUAAGGGUGAUAGUUUAUCUCAGCAUUUAUCAUCAUGAAAAAACUUCCAGUGAGCUCUGAGAAUUCAUUUUCCAGAAAAUUGGAUGUCCAUGGAUGAUAAUGACAUCUCUGGGCCCUCAAAAGCCAAUCAUGAUGGAGGGUAGAACUCUGUCAGUCAUUGGAGCAAUGAGUCUCUGCUGGGCAAGUUGAGCUGCUUCCAGGCAACUUUUAUCAAAAUGUAACAAGAUGAUCUUGACCCUUGACUCUUAACUAUGCAGGAAGAACCAUUUGGCUGUCACCCUCACUCCUGGAUGUGUUUAUAUAUGCAUCCCAUCCCCUGAGGUGUUGAGUCUCCAGGGGAAAACUUUCCGUGUGGUCACUGCAGUAGCUAUGUGUGGGUCUCUUCGCUUGCCUUCUGUACAUGGACAACACAGUCCCAUUGUAGGAAGGAGAACAAAGCCUGAAGAUGUCAUGCUGUUCACCAGUUCAGGCAGUGCAGGAGAAGAGCCUGCAACUAACACCAGAACCUCUGAGUGCUAGGACCCUGACACUUUCCACAGGGUUUCUAGGAUGCCUCUAGCUCUUGCAGGUCUCCUUGGCUAACACCUCAGAGAGAUUCUGAUUCUUCUGACAGGAGAGCUCCAACAAAAAGCUCAGAAUUCAGCCUCUUGACACUGAACAGAUUGUUCAAGAUGAUGAGCCCAGGCUUAGAAGAUGGACUCCAGCCAAGAAGCCUGGCCACUGUAAGGAUCAGCCACAUCUUUAGGAAAUGCAUGGAAAACAUCUAUGCAUCCCAGCGUGCAUAGAUGGAGAAAAGUGCAAAGACCAGAGUUUCAUGAGGCAUUCCAGGAUACAGAGAGCCUGACAGACUCAGGUCAGAGGUUACCUCUGCAUCCUAGGAGAGGAAGAAGGCCCCACUCCACAGAAGAAGCCUGUUGCUGAUGCUGUUGCAACUAGAACUAUGAAUGUGAGACUUGUGUCUCUGUGGACUCUGGGUUUGGGCAUCUUGUGCCCAGGUGUCCACAGUUGUCCUCUCAUACCUCAUUUGGUAGAACUUUGUAAGUCUUAACAUUGAGCGUGUCAUGUGCAUGAUGGUAUCCCAUGAGAUACAUAGGCUAAGAAAGAUUUAUAUCCCUUCAAGGGGAUGGAACUAAACUUUACUAACAGUUGACAUUAAAAGUGCUGUUCUGU